UGCGCUGCAGCCCUGGCUUAUUUGGGGAAAAAAUUAAGAGGAGACGGGUGAUAAAUUAAUUAGCCACUGCUACCACAUAACCCAGGGUGCGGAAACCUGAACCCAGCUGCACAGCACACCCACCGCCGUCGCUAGCAUCCCAGUUGCCACCCAGGUCAAGAUUCGGUCACCUCCUCAGCAGGGCGACGACGAUGGCGGAACUGGUGAGGGACUGGCUGGCGGACUACCAGCGGACGCGGGGCCAGCCCGCCGAGGCGGAGGCGUUCGUGGUGGAGCACGAAACGGACCCCGAGAUCGCCGAGGCCAUCUUCACCAUCUUCAACGAGCGGCAGCGCAACGAGGCGCUGGUCCACGACAUCUGCCAGCAGCUACUGGCCUUCUACCGCUCGCCGGAGCUCACGCUCCACAAGUUCCCGCUGCAGUUCAUCCCCGUGCUGGUCUACACCUACCUGCACUCGGUGGCCGGCGGCGAUAAGAAGGCCGCUCGCGGCGUGGAAACGCUGCUCAUCUGCAUUUACAACGGCGAGGUGUCCACCGACGACGGCGGCCAGCGGGUGGUGGCCUUCCGCAUGCCCAUCCUGGCCCAGACGUCCGUCUACCACGAGGUCAAGAACCUGCCCAUGACGGAUCUGCGCCGCUGGGAGGAGAACUGCAACCGGGAGGUCAAGUGGGGUCCGCACCAGCGCAUUGAAUCGAUCCAUGCCCAAAACCGCAUGCGCAUCCUCACGGCGCUGCUGUUCUGCUACAACCAGCAGGUCAGCCAGACGCAAAAGUCGUCGCUGCUCCACUUGUGCCGGGUCACGUCGCAGCUGGUGAAUCAGGGAUUUACCACCAAGUCGGGCCACGGUCACCGCAUGAGUUAUGGUUCCGAUCCCGCAACCGGGGCCACUUUUCCCAAGCCCUCCUCACCACGCAUUCCACUGUCCGCCGCCUUCCUGAUCGAACUGGUGCACGCCAUCUACUUCGCCAUGUUCAAUGGCUAUGGCACGAUAGCUAUUCAGACCCUGGACGACAUCCACAACCGGGCCACCUACGAGAUGUACUCGGAACUGAUUCUGGUGACCAGUGCGGUGCGCAAUUCGCUGCACGCCAAUCCUUCCGGGCAGCCCAACGACGGUCCCAUGGGCCUGAGCGUGGCCCUGACGCCGUCGACCACCACGGUGACCACUUCGGUGUCCAAGUCCAUGAUCACGAACGCCUCCUUCCGCACGAAAAAGCUGCCCGACGACAUACCCAUCCAGGUGCAGGACCUCACCAUGCAGCAGGUGCCGCAGCAGCUGGCCAGCGUCACCGAGGAGGCGGAGCCGGGCUUCAAGGAGUCGCCUUCCACCAAGGAGAGUUCCGGCACGCGCACCUCCAUCAUGCGGCCCAGCAUGGAGGGCAUCAAGGCGCAGGCACACAAGGCGCUGAUUGCGGGCUUUAAGAAGUCCAAGGACAAGGAGAAAGAGAAGGAGAAGGACAAGGAGCCGCCAAAGCCACCGCAGCGCAAGUUCGACAAGCACACGCAGCGCAACUCGCUGCUCCAGCUGCAGGCGGAGCCCAGCUCGAAUCCCAGUGCGGAAUCCCAGCCACCCACCGGCGAGGUGCUGCCGCUGCAGACGCUCUCGCUGAUCAACGAGAAUGGGAGCAACAGCUUCAGCGUGGACAGCGACCUCAACGACGGCGUGAUGGGCGUUAAUGCUAACACAUCCCUGCCCCCGCUGAGCAGCACCACCAACUCGGUGACCAGCAGCGACCUGCUCACCAAGAGCUUCGACUCCAGCAUCGAACUGGCGCCGCUGGGACACAGCAGCAGCAACGGGGGCAAGCUGGCCGAGCACAGCUUGGCGGAGUAGUGCAAUCGAUCGUCUCGUUCCGCAGGCGAUUAGCCAAAUCCAAGUAUCAAGUAUAUAUAUUUACAAGCAUAACUGGGGUGAGUGCUAGGUAAUCCAAGGAUAAUUCCAGAACAAUUCCCUUAGAGUUUUGAUCAAGUAAUAACCAUUACACUUUAUUUAUUUUUCCAGUUCCUUAAAUAAUAAUGUUUCUGGUUAGAUGCAGUUAUUUCCCUUGCAUUUUGGUCGGACCUUAUAUCGUAUAUACUCUGAAUUAUCCAAAGAUUACCUGCCACUCACCCAGCAAUAUAUAUUCGCCACCUACCGCUGUGUAUUAGCCGAACAAAAGCGUGGCGCGAGGGGAGAUUUGAAUUUAUGGAUUAAGGAUCGUUUGAGUUUGUUGAAUUCGAUGGGUUUUCUUAGUUGUUCGUAUGUACUACCGUAUUCCAAAUCCAAUUGUUGGUUAGACUAAGUGUUGCUAGGACGUCACAAGAAUUAUAUACAAAAGGUAUACACACGGAAACCCCGGUAGAGAUCGUUUGCUAAAGCUUCAGUCAGAGGGAGAUUAUGUUCCAUUUUCGGGGAACCAGAACGUACACAUCCCGGUGCAUUUCACUUGUUUUAGAUAAACAGCAUUCAGCCAGAGUUGGGUCCAGGCAAUUUCAAUUGAAUUCUACUACAGGAAACCUUUUAGUUCUGUCACUUAUUAGCAUAUAUACAUGUGUAAACUAAUAUAUACAUACAAAUAUUUAUUGAACGUUGACUUGAACCAUGUUAUUGAUUUAAAAUAAAUACAACAACUAAAUACGUAA